GCACCGGAAACAAUGGGGCCCGAGGCAAAGGCGCGAGUACUAGGGGAAGGGGAAACUUGGCUCCCUCUGGUCUAGCCCCGCGGAAUCAGGCCGCGUACCCUGAAGGCUGGGAGCAGUCAACUGCUGGUGUCGAGUAAGGACAGGACUAGGCAGGCGGACCUCUCUGCACGCAACCUCUGCGCGCACGGUCCGUUCUCCUACACCCCGCGCCGGGUUUUGAGAUCUGCUCGCAGUUCUAAGCCCAGCCCUAAGCAAAGGGCACGGAACGACUCCCGGGCCCCUCCCUUCCUCUGGCCUCCGGCUUUGCUGCAGCAGCAUCUGCUGCAGGGCGUUCUGCUAAAGGAGGGAAGUCCGGUCGACCACCGCCGCAGGGCUUGCUCCUGCGGUUAAGAAGAGCGCCGCCCGGGGCUAGCCCAGCGUAGAGGCCGACACACCCUGGGCCUUGUCUUGCUUUCAGAUCGCGAAGGGCGACAACCCCUCUGGCGACAGCGUCACCGGCCGCAUUUCCGGGCUCAGUACUGGGGUUGCCGCACCCGAAACACGGCCGGAUGCAGUAGUAGGUGUACCAGUUGUCUGAACCGGGGUACUACAGCUCUGCGGCACAGACAGCGCGGCGGCUAGAAGUGAGCCCCGGGGGUGGGGCUCUAAGCCCCGCCCCAGCACUGCGCUCCUCCCCGCCGCCCCUGGGCGGAGUGGGCCUAGGGUUGAGCGAUGCUUAGCGUCCACGCCUCAGUGGGUCUUUUGCAGCAGUUGCGAAAACCCGGAACGAAGGUGUUGUUGCCGUGCGGCGGAGCGGCGCCGCCCCUCGCCGCACCUCCUCGGCAGCCCUCGGAGGCCUUUGCUGGGCAUGCUCAGUCGUCAGGACCGCUUCAGCUCUCGGAGUAGGAAGCUUGGGGCGCUGGGCUAGUAAGGACCAGCGGCGGGGCGAAGAUGGAGUCCUUUACCAAUGAUCGACUUCAGCUUCCAAGGAACAUGAUUGAAAACAGCAUGUUUGAAGAAGAACCAGAUGUGGUAGAUUUAGCCAAAGAACCUUGUUUACAUCCUCUGGAACCUGAUGAAGUUGAAUAUGAGCCCCGAGGUUCGAGGCUUCUGGUGCGCGGUCUUGGUGAGCAUGAGAUGGAUGAGGAUGAAGAGGAUUAUGAGUCAUCUGCAAAGCUGCUCGGCAUGUCCUUCAUGAACAGAAGCUCGGGCCUUCGGAACAGUGCAGCAGGCUACAGGCAGAGUCCAGAUGGGACUUGUUCAGUACCCUCUGCCAGGACCUUAGUGAUCUGUGUUUUUGUCAUUGUGGUUGCGGUCUCUGUAAUCAUGGUGAUUUAUCUACUGCCUAGAUGUACCUUUACCAAAGAAGGCUGCCACAAAACAAACCAGUCAGCAGAACUCAUCCAGCCAGUUGCUACAAACGGGAAAGUGUUCCCAUGGGCUCAAAUUAGGCUUCCCACUGCCAUUAUUCCUCUAUGCUAUGAACUUAGCCUACAUCCAAACCUAACCUCAAUGACAUUCAGGGGUUCUGUGACAAUUACACUUCAGGCUCUUCAAGACACACGGGAUAUCAUUCUCCAUAGCACAGGACAUAAUAUUUCAAGAGUGACAUUUAUGUCAGCAGUUUCAAGUCAAGAAAAACAAGUUGAAAUUCUGGAAUAUCCAUAUCAUGAACAAAUCGCCGUUGUUGCCCCUGAACCUCUCCUAACAGGACACAAUUAUACCCUGAAGAUAGAGUAUUCAGCAAAUAUAUCUAACUCUUAUUAUGGGUUUUAUGGCAUCACCUACACAGAUAAAAGUAAUGAGAAAAAGUACUUUGCAGCAACUCAAUUUGAACCUCUGGCAGCAAGAUCUGCUUUUCCUUGUUUUGAUGAACCAGCAUUUAAGGCCACAUUUAUCAUCAAGAUCACAAGGAAUGAGCACCAUACUGCGUUAUCAAAUAUGCCUAAGAAGUCAUCGGUCCCUGCAGAAGAAGGACUUAUUCAAGAUGAGUUUUCUGAAAGUGUGAAAAUGAGCACAUACCUGGUUGCUUUCAUUGUAGGGGAGAUGAGGAACCUGAGUCAGGAUGUAAAUGGAACUCUGGUUUCUGUGUAUGCUGUACCAGAAAAAAUUGGUCAAGUUCACCAUGCCUUGGACACAACUAUAAAGCUCCUUGAGUUUUAUCAAAAUUACUUUGAAAUUCAGUACCCACUUAAGAAAUUGGAUUUGGUGGCCAUUCCUGACUUUGAAGCAGGAGCAAUGGAAAACUGGGGCCUGCUUACAUUCCGAGAAGAGACUCUUCUGUAUGACAAUGCAACUUCUUCAGUAGCAGACAGAAAACUGGUCACUAAAAUCAUUGCUCACGAACUGGCACAUCAGUGGUUUGGUAAUCUGGUUACAAUGCAGUGGUGGAAUGACCUGUGGCUAAAUGAAGGCUUUGCCACUUUCAUGGAGUAUUUCUCUGUGGAAAAAAUAUUCAAAGAGCUCAACAGUUAUGAAGACUUCUUAGAUGCUCGGUUUAAAACCAUGAGGAAAGAUUCCUUGAAUUCGUCUCAUCCGAUAUCAUCAUCUGUUCAGUCUUCAGAACAAAUAGAAGAAAUGUUUGAUUCUCUUUCCUAUUUUAAGGGAGCUUCUCUCUUGUUAAUGCUGAAAAGUUACCUUAGUGAAGAUGUCUUUCGGCAUGCCAUCAUUCUUUACCUGCACAAUCACAGCUAUGCAGCUAUUCAAAGCGAUGAUCUCUGGGACAGCUUCAAUGAGGUCACAGACAAAACUCUAGAUGUAAAGAAAAUGAUGAAAACCUGGACCCUACAGAAAGGAUUCCCGUUAGUGACAGUCCAGAGGAAGGGGACUGAGCUUCUUCUACAACAAGAAAGAUUUUUCCUAAGCAUGCAACCAGAAAGUCAGCCUUCAGAUACAAGCCACCUUUGGCAUAUUCCAAUAUCCUAUGUCACUGAUGGAAGAAACUAUUCAGAAUAUCGAUCAGUUUCACUACUGGACAAGAAAUCAGAUGUCAUCAAUCUUACAGAACAAGUGCAGUGGGUCAAAGUCAAUUCGAACAUGACUGGCUAUUACAUUGUUCACUAUGCUCAUGAUGACUGGACAGCUCUAAUUAAUCAGUUAAAAAGAAACCCUUAUGUUCUGAGUGACAAAGACAGAGCCAACCUGAUCAAUAACAUCUUUGAACUUGCAGGUCUUGGCAAAGUGCCUCUUCGGAUGGCAUUUGAUUUGAUUGACUAUCUUAAAAAUGAGACCCACACUGCACCCAUCACUGAAGCCCUGUUCCAGACAGACCUUAUCUAUAAUCUCCUAGAAAAACUGGGGCACAUGGACCUGUCCUCAAGAUUGGUGGCCAGAGUACAUAAAUUGCUCCAGAACCAAAUCCAGCAGCAGACUUGGACGGAUGAAGGCACACCAUCCAUGCGAGAGCUUCGGUCAGCCUUGCUGGAAUUUGCCUGUGCCCACAGCCUAGAGAACUGUACCACUGUGGCCACAAACCUGUUUGACAGUUGGAUGGCAUCAAAUGGAACUCAGAGCCUGCCUACUGAUGUCAUGGUCACUGUGUUCAAGGUGGGAGCAAGAACCGAGAAAGGCUGGUUGUUCCUCUUUAGCAUGUAUUCCUCCAUGGGCUCCGAAGCAGAAAAGAAUAAAAUUCUUGAAGCUCUUGCCAGCUCAGAGGAUGUACAUAAACUUUACUGGUUAAUGAAAAGUAGCCUUGAUGGUGAUAUCAUCCGAACACAGAAGUUGUCACUUAUCAUUAGAACAGUGGGCAGACAUUUUCCUGGACACUUGCUGGCUUGGGAUUUUGUUAAAGAAAACUGGAAUAAGCUUGUACAUAAGUUCCAUCUGGGCUCCUAUACCAUACAAAGUAUUGUUGCUGGAUCUACUCACUUAUUUUCAACAAAGACACAUUUAUCUGAGGUCCAGGCAUUCUUUGAAAAUCAGUCAGAAGCAACCUUGCAGCUUCGGUGUGUUCAGGAGGCUCUGGAAGUGAUUCAGCUGAAUAUCCAGUGGAUGGUCAGGAAUCUGAAAACGCUCUCACAGUGGCUGUAGCACUCACAGUUGAUCCUCCGGUGCCCAUGGCUCUGCUGCUUUAGCAAAGGUUGACUGAAGGCCAGCCUGCUGCUGAGUUGUUUGCACUGUUAGGAGUUCUAGUUAGCUCAGGGCCCAAUUGUAUUUUUCAUAUCUUUUCUGAAAUGUCUUUAGGCAGUAGUUAUUUAUUACAAAAUUAUAUUCACCUGUAUGUCAUCCAUCUACAAUAACAAUGAAUAAUUUUUCUUUGACACACAAAUGGAGAAAAAAGUCAGAUUUGAAAUUUUGUUUUAUUUCUUAGUGUCCAGAGUAUGACUGUUACAGUGCAACCAAGGAAGGUCUGCUGGAAGAACCACUGUGUUUGUAGGUUGCUGAUUGAUCAACUGUUUGUUGCUUCUUGUUAAAUAGAUACACCUGGGUUUGGUAGUGCAGUGGCAAAGACAUUGAAGGUGCAGCUCUAGACAGAUGACCUCAGGUGUUCUUUAAACCUGAUUGGGGGUUCUUUAAAAAAAGUUUUGUCCAGUUUCCAAUUUUUUCCUGCAAAAUAGCCAGGUUCUAAAAAAUUUUUCAUAUUUCUGUUAAAUUGAACAGCUGAACAGUCAGGCUCAAAGUUUCAGUUUUCCAAAUAUUUAACACUUUCUGCUUCAUCUUUAUGACACUAUGUAGGAAGUGUUCUGAACUGAGUUAAUAUUAAUGACUUUACUCAUGAGUUCCAGUACCCCUAACUUUGUAUCCUGGUAAGGCCUUCCAUCGGCUUUCUCCUGUAGAGGAGCACUCCGUGCUUGGGAGGAGGCUUUCUCCUGGAAAGGAAUUGUACUCCAUGCUUGGGAGGAUUUCUGUGAGCACUGGUGGCUUUGUCAUUACUUUCACCCAAGAAUGUAAUUUAAGUUGCUGUUUGAACCUUACAAGUCACACCCUCUUCUCUGUGAAUCACACCCAUGUGUGGGUUUUAUUUUAUGUUACAGUGUAUAUUAGAAGCAUUUCUUAAAUAGGAUCUUUAAGAAAUUAAAGCUUUUUAUUUUGAAGUUCACCAUAAUACCUUAAAGGAAUAAUGAAAAUGUGGAACAGAAGGAAGUUGAAAAUAUGGUGGGCUAUGAAUUCUUUUUUUCACUGUUAAAAACAGUGUUUUUAUUUAGUUGAAAAAAAUUACAGGUUUUUUGUUUGUUUGUUUGUUUGUUUAUCAUGGCCAAACUACGUUAAACAGAGUGGCCAAGGAUCAAGCAGAAGACAAGAGAGGGAGGGACCCACAGCAGAUUGGGGCGCUUUCACUCCUUCUGAAGGACAAGGAUUGUACUUGAAUUUUUUGAGCUAUGCAGACUUAUUCCUAGAUUGUUGUGUUUCUUUGAAUCUUAGGAGAGAAGCUUUCUUCUUAAUAACUCAUGAGAAUUCUAUAUUUUGUUUGAAAACAGUGUCUGUGUACAUAAAAAGGGAAUUACUCAUUUGUGAACACUGAAAACACUCCACAGAGUCAGACAUAGAAAGGCCACUUUUUUUUUUUAUUCAGCUGUUGUAAAGUUAGAAUAUGUGGAGUUAUAUACAAAGUUAUAGUUUAUUUUAUGAGAAUAUUUUUAUAUAAUAAAAUUUUAAUGGCUGACAAGCUGAAAAAUAGCCUGCUUUAAUCCUAGAGUUUGCUCCCAAUUUCAUCUUUUCUAAACAGUUUUUGUUUGUUUGUUUGUUUUUUAAUUUGUGCUUUUUUUAGUAGAAAAUGUUAUUCCUGAGAAUCAUAGAAUCAUCUUUCUAUUUUAGAGAAAUAGGUAAUUAUAGAUCUCUAUUCCCCUUGUACUUUUGGUAAAUGUCUGACAGUUCUGUUUAUACUGAAGGUUAGUAGGGUUUUAUAUUUUCAGAGUGAAGGACAAAUACUCUUGUGGGUUUUGGUUGUCCCUUUUCAUUUUUUACCAUGCUGUAUUCCUAGAUUAUACUUUGAUAACAGAGUUUAACUUUUGCUACUUCUCAAGAUCAGUUCAACCUUGAGAUUUACCUGCCCAUCUUUUUGUUGAUCUUAUAGUCUUUGUAAUUCUGCAUAUGGCAAAUCUUGUCCUAAAUAAUACUUUUUUCCAUGUAUGAGUGUGAAUGUUUGUGGUGUGCUGUGUUGUAAAUAAAGCCUUAUGAGGAUAUGGGCUUAAAAAGAGGUAAUCCUUGAUCCAGUGCUAUUAGUAGCUGCUCGUUCCCAGGAUGCUGGAGCCAUAUUUUAAGUCUUACCUAUAACCUUCACCUGACUUUUAAAAAAAUUUUGGUAGGCCCAGAAUUCUGUAUGUUUUCAUGUUUUGUUAGCUUGUUUAGCUUCUUAGCUAACUCAAAGUCAGUUCUGUAUGACUGAGAGGUGGCAUUUGUAGUCUGAGAAGUAUAUUGGUAGUAUUCAAAUUUCCUUCCUCUAAGAUUUAAUUCUUCUCUUUGUGCUUUUAGGAAGGAAAAUUGAAGCACGGGGGUCAGCUUGUGCUUUGGGCAUAAACACACAAAAUACCUGACAGCUUUGGGUAGCAGUUGAAUGAGCAUCCUGGUCACUACAAAGAAGGGGUGUUCUUGGUGAAAGGUACAUCUUGAUUAGGAAAGAUAGAAUUGGAAAUCUACACUUGAGAAAAAGAAUCGAUUGGGAGAUCUGAGAGUUUAUUAAAAGCUGGGAAUUGGAGGAGACAAGUUUCCUCUGCUCAUAUGACAUUAGAUAAAAUAGAGUAGUGUAGUGGUCACGCCCCACCCCACCCCACCCCAGAGGCUCAUGCUCUCUUCUGUCUCAUUGUAUCAGUCAUUGUCUCAGAGUGUUCACAGACUUUCUUGCUAUCAUAGGUUCUACUUAAUUUUCUUUGCCAUAUGUGUUUUUAUUUUAUGAGAUUUUAGCCACCAUUGGAGCAAAAGCUGCCAGAAGAGUCCUGGGUAUAAAUAAACAAAUCCAGUUGCAUGAGGUUUACUGGGUCCCCAACAAUCCUUGCUGAUUAUUGGGAAGCAAGAAACUAAAAUUAAGUCUUGUGUUGUUGCAUGAUUGUCUGUUGUUAAAUCGGAUUGUAAAGAUGGUUACUUAAUCUGAAGAACCUGAACUGAUAAUCUUCAGCCAGGCUGCUGAGCACUUACAUAAGACCAUGUGUUGUGUGGGCUCUAGGAUAGCGCGGUAUGUCUCAGGUGCUCUGUUGCCAAGGAGUGCAAUGAGUUUGCAUCUAGGAAUGCGUUGCUUUACAUAGGCCUCUAAGGAUUGGGACCAUGGGUAUAAUGUAGGUCUUCUUACCUUUGCCUUACUUUUGUUUAUGUGGAGUUAAUAAUUCUUCUUAUUAUUCUUCUUCUUAUUCUUCUUCUUGGUAAUGUUCUGUCUUCUCAUGUUUGUAUUUCUUGAAACUCAGGUAUAUGUUUUUGCUGGGGUUUUUGUUCUUUUAUUUUGUUCUUAAAGCUCUAAAAUAUCAAAAAAGUUUCAAAUGAAAAAUAGAGGUCCCAAAGUAUGACAGAUGACUCUUUCCCCAUCCCUUAUUGCCGGGUUAGUCAAUAACUAGUAGAAUACGUGAUUGACCUUUAGAGAGUUGUUGAGGUUUUUGGGCAGGGGGCGGGGAGGUGUUAGUGUUGAUACAUAUUUUGAAACAUAUACUUGUAUUUUUAGAUGUUUUUAUAUUUUAUAAAUUUUGUCCUGUUAAUGAAAGAGUGAAGUACUGCUUUCUGAUAAUCUCUCCUCUUCCCAUAUUGCCUACUAUAGCCAAAGUUGUAGAAUAAUUUGAUUUUAAGUUUUGAAACAGUGUGAGUUUCAAGAGGGGAGCAAGGUAGCUUCUUUUAAGAGUGUGUAGAAAUAGUUUUGCUGCUAUUUGGCACUUACUUAAUGCUGCUCUCUCUACAUUUUUCUUGUGGACAUGUACAUAAGCCGUGCAAGGACACACAGAUGUUUGGCAAUAACAGAAUCAUAAUAGUACCUGUUGUUUUGCUCUAGUCUUAGGAACUUAGAUUGUCUCUCAUCCUUUCAAACAUGUUAUAAAUGCAAUGCCACUGUAUUUCACUUUGACUUGUCUCUGCAUAGGCACUUAAUUACCAUUGUGAUUGGGUAUGACUGAUUCUUCCCUUUUUCUUGUUGCCUCUUAAGGCAAUAACUGUGUAGAAGAGAGUAGAAUAGUGCUUACUAUGGCCUUUUAUUACUGAUUCAUUAGGUUCUAUGCCCUUCAAACAUAUGUGAAAAUACCUGAUGAAAUGUGGAAGACUACAUGUGAACAGUCCUCUCUUCUUCUCACCUCUUACAGCCUGUUGGCUAUCUGAGUGGAAGAUGGAGGGAAAUGUACUUAAUGUCUGUAUAUAUGUUCUUACUACUGUAUUGCUUUAAUUCGCUGGGUGAUCACAGUGGAAGAUCCCCAAUGUACCAUGGAGUUAAGAUGUAUAGCAGUGCCCUCUUUCCCUUUAUUGCCUCGGUACAAUACUUCUUAAAAGUAUUUUGAAUGUUUGAAAGUUGGGUUUGGGUUUCUGGUGGUGGUUGGUUGGUUGGUUGGUUGGUUUUUGCUAGUCUGGAAAAGCAGUUUGGAGGCAGAGUGUAUACUUUUCAAGUGUAUAAACGUGUUGUCGCUGUGCUUUUCCUUCCUUGUUUUCCCUGUCCUUUCUGUAGAUUUAUGAGUAAAGCUAGGAAUCUCUCUAAGAGGUUUCUUCCUUAUGUUGGCCAUGCAGUAUCUAGUAGCAUUGACAGUGAUCUGGAGCUGCUCCUUGGGGAUGAGGAGCUGGCAUCCGAUUUUCCUAUGUGUUUCCCUAGGUGCUCUUGCUUCUUAAUCACUUAAUGCAUUUCAUUGGGUGCCUGUCCUGAUGAACUGUGGAGCUCUGAAUUUAGUGUCCUCCUGUUCCUGUUCCAUCUCUGUGAGUAGGCUUUUCUUUUUAGUUUUUUUUUUUUCUCUUAACUUUAGUGGGGACUAAGGGCGAGAAAUAUAUUCUUUAUAAAUAUAAAUAAUUUUGUUACUAUACUGUAUUAUUUCAUUUGGUACUGAAUCCUUUACAUGGGCAUUUAAGUACCUAAUGAAACGUGGAGGUCCGGAUGUAUGAAAACUUCCUCUUUUCCCUUUUCCUCAUUGCCUCUGUGGGCAAUAGUUGUAGAAUAGCAUAGAUUUUCUAAUUCUCUUCCACCCAGAGGGUGGAAGUAUGUAUAUACUUUAAAAUGUAAAUAUAAAUUUUUUAAUCUUUUUGUUGUUACUUCAUUUGUACCUAAAUCUAUUUGUGGACACUUAGGUACAUAAGGAAUA